UUAUUCGCCGCCUAAAAUCCUCGGUUGAUUCGCCACUACAACUUUUUUUGGACUGCUUCCUUUAUUCCUAGUUUUUAAUUCAUCUUACCUCGUACUUCCUUUCCCUUGUACACAACAACAACCUUACAACAACCAAAUCUGCACUAAAAGGUCAACCAACAUUCAUCCAUUGUGAUACUGCGUAUGAACAACUCCUUCUGUGAUUAUUCCUGCCAGAUUUAAGCUAGCUCUUCAUCAAAAUCUGUUGAGCUUUGUUGAAGGAUGUCGUUCGUUGUGGGAUUGAUAAUCGGAAUUGCGAUUGGGUUUGCAUUGAUUAUUGGAUUUGUUCGAUCCGAAAAUGGUCGAUCCAAGCGUCGUUUUGCACUUUAGAGCGUAUAAUCACAGGUCACAUCAACUUUAAGCUACUUGGUUUUGAUUUGAUUUUGGGGUCCAUCAGAAUCCUGGAUGCAUGAUGCAUUCAAUCCUGCCCCGACCCGUUUAUGCCUCAGAAAAGCUAAGCUCCAUAUGCAGACAUAUUAGUAAUAGAACAAAUAAUUUUAUCGAUAAAUCCGAGAACAUAAAGAUUUACAUUUUUCGGCUAUCAAUUUGUAAUAUGUCGAAUUUACAUGCACAAAAACACAUUAACUCAACUGAUUUGGUGUUAAAUGUGCUAUGGAGGCAACAACGAUUGCUGCGCUUGCAAGAAUGACUCGUGAAGAUUCAAAAAAAUUGCUCACCCAAGAGUAUUACCCUUCGUGGGUUGUUUUCUCACAGAAACAAAAGUUGGCUUGGCUUAAUGCUCAUCUUACAAAGAUCUGGCCUUAUGUUGAUGAGGCAGCUUCUGAGCUUAUAAAGGCUAAUGUGGAGCCAAUUCUUGAGCAAUAUAGACCAAUUGUACUUUCUUCUUUGACUUUCUCCAAGCUUACUCUUGGCACUGUUGCACCACAAUUUACAGGAGUUUGUGUUAUUGAAGAUGAAAGUGAUGGAAUAACUUUGGAAUUGGAGAUGAAUUGGGAUGGAAACCCAAGUAUAAUACUUGAUGUCAAGACUAGACUUGGUCUAGGAUUGCCUGUGCAGGUGAAGGAUAUAGCAUUUACAGGGGUUUUUAGGUUAAUUUUCAAGCCACUUGUGAAUGAAUUUCCUUGCUUUGGAGCUGUGUCAUUUUCUUUGAGAAAGAAGACAAAGAUGGAUUUUACUCUGAAAGUAAUUGGUGGUGACAUAUCUGCUAUUCCUGGUGUUGCUGAUGCUCUUGAGAGUACGAUACAUGAUGCAGUUGAGGAUUCGAUCACAUGGCCUGUUCGAAAAGUUAUUCCGAUUCUCCCUGGUGAUUACAGUGAUCUUGAAUUAAAGCCCAUGGGGAUAUUGGAGGUGAAACUUGUACAAGCACACGGUUUAACUAAUAAAGAUUUAAUCGGAAAAUCAGAUCCAUUUGCAAAAUUAUAUAUACGCCCUUUACGUAGUAAAAUGAAAACCAGCAAAGUUAUUGAUAAUGAUUUGAAUCCAGUUUGGAAUGAACAUUUUGAGUUUGUAGUUGAAGAUAUUUCCACCCAACAUUUGACUGUAAAAAUAUAUGAUGAUGACGGGAUUCAAGCUUCAGAACUCAUUGGAUGUGGUCAAGUGAAGUUAAGUGAACUUAACCCUGGUAAAGUGAAGGAUGUGUGGUUAAAAUUGGUAAAAGAUUUGGAGAUCCAUAGAGAUAAUAAAGAUAGAGGAAAGGUGCACUUGGAGUUAUUAUAUUACCCACAUGGAGUGGGAAACGAGUUUAUCAACCCGUUUAAUUCCACGUAUUCAAUGACAUCUUUGGAGAAGGUUCUAGAAGAUGGUUCAGGGGGUGAAAAUGGUAAUUUUGUCGAUAACCAAAGAAAAAUGGUAAUUACAAGAGGAGUGUUAUCUGUGACUGUAAUAUCUGCUGAAGAUUUACCACCUGCAGACUUAAUGGGGAAAGCCGAUCCUUUUGUGGUUCUCACUAUGAAAAAAACCGGAACCAAAAACAAAACCAGGGUGGUAAAUGAAAAUUUGAAUCCAAUUUGGAAUCAGACAUUUGACUUUGUUGUUGAAGACGGUUUACACGAUAUGCUCAUUGUGGAAGUAUGGGACCAUGAUACAUUUGGGAAGGAUUUCAUGGGGAGAUGCAUUUUGACGCUAACAAGGGUUAUAUUAGAAGGGGAAUAUAAAGACAAUUUUCAAGUUGAGGGUGCCAAAUCUGGAAAACUUAGCUUAAAUCUCAAAUGGGCACCUCAGCCUAUUUUUCGCAGAUCUUAGCAAUUUUUUGCGUGGGUGUAUAUUUUCUAUAAACUUGAGAAAUCUAUGGUCAAUUUUGGAGUGACGAUGUUGUUGUGCUAUUCUAACGUUGGUUAAGAAGUUAAUUAAAAUGACAUUUGAGUUUACAAACGAUAAUUACACUUUAUAAAAUGCAAAAACGAGAUUUAUUGGGACUAAUAUUUUGGGUUGUGU